AACUGCUGCCGGGGGUCAGCCCUGGGCCGCCCGUCCGUCCGUGGGGCUUUAGACCGCCUAAGGUCAUAGAACCAAAGCAAAGGAUGUGGUUAUUCCAGUACAUAGAUUUUAUAUGAAGCGUUUUAUCAAGUCGCUCCUAAUUCGGAGAACCUCCCGAGCUGGAAGGGCCCACAAGGACCAUCCAGUCCAGCCCCUGGCCCUGCACAGACAGCCCGACAAUCCCACCCUGAGCAUCCCUGGAGCACUGUCCGAACGCUCCUGGAGCUCUGUGGGGCCGUGCCCAUUCCCCGCGGAGCCUGGGCAGUGCCAGCACCCUCUGGGGAUGAACCUUUCCUGAGAUCCAGCCUAAACCCCUCCAGCCACAGCUACAGCCCUCCCCUGGGUCCUGUCCCUGUCACAGGGAGCAGAGCCCGGAGCUGCCUCUUGGUGAGCUCUGACCUAGCUCAGCUCCUCCCGGCUGAAGAGGCCUCAGCCCUCGGCCACUCCUAGUGUGGCCCCUGCAGAGCCCAGCCCUUUCCAUCCAGAUACAUUCGGGAAUGUUUUCCAGCCCGGCUGUGCUCAGGAGCUCCCAGGAACCGUGCUCUGAGAGAAGGGCUUGUGAUCCAGCUGGCACUUGUCCACCCUGUCCCUAGGUUACAGGGCACCCGUCUCAGUUUAAAACAUCCUGAGGGAUAACAUGAGUUACUGUCCGGCAAGAAGUGAGGAUUGCAUUUUCAGGGCUGCUUGUACGUCUCUGCCAUACAUUAACACUCACUGCCACUGGAUGUUUUCAGUCCCAAGGCAGUCCUUGAGCUGUGGGACCCCAGAGCGAUUGGCACAGGCAUGAGUUGUGCAAUUCUCUUUCUGAGGGCGCUGAAGUACGAUGAGGCAAAGCAGUGGGUCGGAGUUCUGAGCUGGCUGAAAAGGCACCACUAACAUGGCUAACAGGACAAACUCCUCUGACUAUUUCUGGUCCUAUGAAUAUUACUGGGAUUACAUAGAUCCAAUUCCAGUAGAUGGAAGCAAGUUGAAGGUUAAUAAAUACUCCAUCGUCAUCGCCUUCUGGGUCGGCCUCGCUGCCUUUGUGAUGUUCCUUUUCCUUAUUCUGCUGUGCAUGUCCUGCUCGGGAUCAACACCAGCAAAGAAUUCAGCACGGGCUUGGGUGAGCAGCAGUCUCUAUCAAUCAGUGGAAUUCCGCUGGAAUUUACGGUUCUAUGCAUUACUUCCUUCACCUGUCAGUGUCGGGGUUUGCCUAGCGACAGACCCGCAGUUUGUUUGUAAAGACACCUCCUUCUGAUUCCUUUCAGCACGAGCACGAACGGGAGCGCGGGGUCGGGCAGGAGCUCAUUAGGCAGUGACCGUACUCGUGCUAAUUAAUGGUCACGAGAGCACCCAGGGCAGAUCCUGGUGCAAGGACGCAGCGCUUGCCAGCGGGACGUGUUGGAAUCACUGUGCGAUCCCAGCGGUUUGAAGUUUGGGAAUGCUGCGGGACAUGCUCAAGGCGUCAGUAAUGUUUUUUUUAAAGAAACCCACAAAGGUGGAAGAAAACAAUAAACAAUAUUGCCUAUUUACUGGCAGUGUCUUUGCCUUUUGUGAUGUUGGCCGGCUCCACGGGGGUAAAUUACCUUCAGGAGGAGCUCUUGCUGCUGUUCUUGCUCGUGUGCUGGAAUACAGCAGAGCCCUUGUCACUUUACACAUCAGGAAAUACAAGUUCAGCAGAAUUUCAGUUCGGCUGAGCUGGUCUCGGUUGGGCGGAACUCGUUCGGUUCGCCUGAGGUGGCAUUGGUACGACUGGAUCCGCCUCCAACCUGGUUCGGCAUAUUUGGGCUAGAUUCGGGAGAAGUCGGCUCAGCUGAACUCGGAGCCGCUCGCUGCGUUUGGAGCAGCACGGUUCGGCUCGGCUCCCUGAGGGCGGAAUGGGCCGGGCCCAGGCGCUGCGUGGGAAAGCGGCGCCGCCUCACG